AUGAGCCAGAAUAAUCCCUUAUCUGUUAGUGUUGCUGAUAAUCUAAUAAAUUACGAUAUUCAAAAUGAAUCAUUUCGCCUAGGAAAUGUUUCAGUGGAAGGUGACAAGUAUAUUUGUGUAAAAGAAAAUGUAAAUGAGAAUACACAAGUAGUAGUUAUUAAUUUACACAAUAAGAAUAGUACUCGUAAACAUAUGAAAGCAGAAAGUGUAAUUAUUCAUCCAAAUGAUCCAAUAUUAGCAUUAAAAGGAACCAUAAAAAAUAUGAAUACUAUUUUUUUACAAGUAUUCAAUAUUGAAACAAAAGAAAAAAUAUGUUCUCUUAAUUUAAAUGAGUAUAUGAAUUAUUGGAAAUGGAUUAAUAAUGAUACCAUUGCUAUUGUUUGUGAAAAAAAUGUAUAUCACUGGAAUAUUGAUAUACACAAUACUAGAAAAAAUAAAGAUAACAAUGAUAAUAAUAAUAAUAAUAAUAAUAAUAAUAAUAAUAAUAAUAAUAACAAUAAUAAUAAUAAUAAUUAUUAUAAUACUUUAACAAAAGUUUUUGAAAAGGCACAAAUAUUUAUUGACAAUAACUCACAAAUUUUAUAUUAUUCUACCGAUAAAGAUAUGAAAUGGUGUAUUUUAUGUGGGAUAUCUACACAAGACCAAGGGAAAAGUAUUGAUGGUUAUAUGCAACUUUAUUCUUGUGAAAAAAAAUUGCAUCAAACUAUUGAAGGUUUUAUAGGAUGCUUUGGCUCAUUCAUUUUUGAUAAUUUAGAUAUGAAACCCUUAUUUUGUUUUGUUGAAAAAAAAAAAAAUUCAACCAUAUCUAGAUUACAUUUAAUGGAUAUUUAUACCAACAAAACAGAAACAACAAUUCCAUAUAAAAUUGUUAAAGAAAUUAAUUUGAUUAAUGAAAAUCUUAAUGAUUUCCCUAUAUAUAUAAGCUUAAAUACCUUACAAGGUGUUAUAUAUAUUGUUACCAAAUGUAGUUAUGUUUAUGUUUUUGAUGAAGGCACACUCAGUUUAAUUGUAAAAGAAAAAAUUAGUGAAGAUAAUAUUUUUAUUUGUUGUGAUAGUAAAAAUGGAGAAGGUAUUUAUGCUGUUAAUAAAAAAGGAAUAAUUUUUUAUAUAACACUAAAUUAUUUUCAUCUUAUAAAUCAUUUAAAAUUAUCAAAUUUAGAAUUUAAAGAUAAAAUUAUAAAAAAUUUAUGUGUCAAAUAUGGAUAUCCAGGAUGUGAUUAUAUAUCUGCUUAUAAAAAAUGUAUCAAUGACAUGGAUUUUAAAAAAGCAUCCAAAAUAAUUUGUCUAAUGAAAAAUACCAAGAUUUUUGAAGAACAUUCUAAUAAUAUUGCAGAAUCUAUCUUAAUUAUGAACAGAAAAAAUGUAGACAUUCGUAUUAUACCCCCUUUAAGAACACAACAAGUGUUAAAUAGUUUUAAAUCAUUUAAAAAUACAUCCGGACAAUUAUCACCACUACUUCUUUAUUUUUCUGUUUUGUUAGAGUACGAUAAAUUAAAUACCUACGAAUCUAUCGAGUUGGUAAAACCUGUUGUUUUACAAAAAAAAAAAGAAUAUUUAGAAAAAUGGAUAAAAGAUGAUAAAUUAACAUGCUCAGAAGAAUUAGGAGAUUUAGUAAAAGUACUUGAUUUACGUUUAGCAUUAAAUAUUUAUUUGAGAUGUAGUGCACAUAAUAAAAUCUUGUCAACUUAUUGUCUUUUGAAUAUGUUUAAUAAUGUAUUAAGUUAUAUAAAUAAUUUUAAACAAAUUAAUUUUGAUUAUGUAAGCAUAUUUAUUACAAUUGUUAAUUAUGAAUUCCCACAUGGAAAUGCUGAUAAUAAGGAGAGUGCAUUUGUGGGUGACUUUAAUUCAGGCUCAAAAAAUGAAACUAUGGACUUUUUUAAUGAUGGAGCAGCAAGUAUAUCUAAUGAUCAAAAUAAUAGUAUUAAUAAAUUGAAUAAGGGUAAUAUUAAUGAGGUAGUUAUUCAAUAUAUAAAGUUUUUGUGUGAAAAUAAUAUUUCAUUUGAUAUAAAUAAAAUAAUUGAUUAUUUAUUAAGUAAGAAGAAAUUACAAGAAGCUACAUCAAUUUUAUUAGAUUAUUUAAAAGAAAAUAAAGCAGAACAUAAAAAUUUACAAACAAAAUUAUUUGAAUUUAAUUUAUAUAAUAAUGUACAAGUAGCUGAAACAUUAUUUCAAAUGGAUAUUUUUACAUAUUACGAUAAAAAUAAAAUAGCAUAUUUAUGUGAGGAAAAAGGAUUAUAUCAAAGAGCUUUAGAAAAUUAUACCAACAUAAAUGAUAUUAAAAGGGUUAUAACAAAAUCUACUUGUUUCCAAAAAGGAGGUAAUAAUAAUAAUACUACUACUACUACUAGUAGUAGUAAUAUGGGUGAGGGUCAUUUUGAUAUUAAUAAUGUAAGUAAAGGAAAAAUAUCCAUUGAAUGGAUUAAAAAUUAUUUUUCUACUUUAAGUGAUUCCGUAUGUGAAGAAUUAUUAUUUGAUUUUAUGAAAGGAAGUAAAAUUAAUAUGGAAGUUGUUAUUUCUAUUUGUGUACAAUAUUACGAUAAAAUAGGUAUAAAGAAAAUUCUGAACAAAUUUGAAGAAAAUAAGAAUUAUGAAGGAAUUUUUUAUUUUGUUAGUAAUAUUUUAAAUGAUUUACCAAAUUUAAUUGUCAAAGGAAAUAAUAAUGAUAAUUUAUCAAAUAAGAGUAUAUCGACUUAUAAUAAUAUGAAUGAUGAAGAUGCAUCUAUUUUAUUAACAUCAGAUAUAUGCUCUACACCACAAUAUUCAUACGAAACAGCUAAUUUGAAAUUAGAAGAUGUUCAUUAUAUUAUGUUUAAAUAUAUUGAAGCAUGUGUUAAAAUAAAUAAUAUACAAGAAUUAGAUCGAAUUUGUAAAGAUAAAAAUGCUAAAUAUAAUCCUGAACAAAUUAAAAACUUUUUAAAAGAUUGUAAAUUAUCAGAUCCUAGACCAUUAAUUUAUGUUUGUGAUAUUCAUAAUUAUAUUGAAGAAUUAGCUGAAUAUUUAUAUAAAAAUAGUUUAUUAAAAUAUAUUGAAGUAUAUGUUAUAAAAGUGAAUCCAAACAAUGCACAUAAAGUUAUAGGAGUCUUAUUAGAUUUAGAUGCUUCCGAAGAGUUCCUUUUAAAUUUAUUAAAUAAUAUUAAGAAUAUAUCUAAUAUUGGUAAUUUAAUAGAAAUAGCUGAAAAGAGAAAUCGACUAAAAUUAUUGUUACCUUGGCUUGAAAGUAGAGCAAAUGAAGGUUAUGAAAAUAUCGAAUUACAUAAUGCUUUAGCCAAAAUAUAUAUUGAUUUAAAUAAAGAUCCUGAAAAUUUCUUAAAAAAUAAUAAUUUCUAUGAUAAAAAAAUGAUAGGAAAAUAUUGUGAAGAUUUAGAUCCACAUUUAGCAUAUACAGCAUAUGAAAGAUCAAAUGGAGAAUGUGAUGAAGAAUUAAUAUAUAUAACAAGUAAAAAUGGUCUGUUCAAAUUACAAGCGAGAUAUUUAAUUUCAAGACAAUCUAUUGAAUUAUGGAAAGUAGUUUUAGAUGAAACAAAUAAAUAUCGAAAAAAUGUUAUUGAUCAAGUUAUUGGUUCGACACUUAUUGAAUCAAAUAAUGCAGAUGAAAUUACAGUUACGGUAAAAGCAUUUAUUGAAAAAAAACUAAGUAGCGAAUUAAUAGAAUUAUUAGAAAAAAUUGUUUUACAUAAUAGUGAAUUUAGUGAUAAUAAAAAUUUACAAAAUUUAUUAAUUUUAACUGCUAUCAAAUCAGAUUCAAAAAAAGUUAUGGAGUAUAUAAAUCGUUUGGAUAAUUUCUCGGGUCCACAAAUAGCUGCAGUAGCAUAUGAAUAUAAAUUAAGAGAAGAAGCAUUUGUAAUAUAUAAAAAAUUUAAUUGUUAUACAUCAGCAAUAUCUGUAUUAUUAGAUAAAAUAUUAUAUAAUAAAAAUCAAAAAAAUAAAAAUUUUCAUGAAUUUUCAUCACAUGAUUCAACUGUACCUCAUUAUUAUAGUAAUAAUAAAGAAAAUAUUUUCGGUAACAAAAGUGAUAAUGAGAAUGAUGAAUAUUUAAAACAAUUUACACAAAAUAAUACUUAUCGUGAGAAAUAUGGAAGCUAUUACAAUAAUAUGGAUAUAAGUAAUAGCAAUAAUAAUAAUAUUCAUUUACAUCCCGAAUUUAAUAAUGAAGAUAAAUUUUCUAGUGAUACCUUACAUAAUUAUGAAGAUAUAGAUUCCACCGAAUCUACUUGUGAUAUCAGUAAUUAUGAAGAUGAUUUAAAUAGAGCUAUUGAAUUUGCACAGAAAUGUAAUAAUAAUGAUGUGUGGUUUAUUUUAGGUAAGGCACAAUUAAAAUUAAAUAAAAUUAUUGAUUCUAUUGAUAGUUUUGUGAAAUCAAAUAAUCCAGAAGCAUAUAAAGAAGUUAUAGAAAAAUGUAAAGAAAAUAAUUUCUAUGAACAUUUAAUAACAUAUUUGAAUACUUUAAGAGAACAAAAUUCAUUGAAAGAUGUAUUAGUUGAUUCCGAGUUGUUAUAUGCAUAUGCCAAAUUAAAAAAAACAAAUGAAAUGAACAAAUUUAUUAAUACUACGAAUUCAGCUAAUUUACAAUUAAUUGGUGAUAGGUUAUAUAAAGAAGAAGAAUAUGAAGUAGCUAAAAUAUUAUAUAGUAAUGUACCAAAUAAUCAAAAAUUAACUGCAUGCUAUUUGAAAUUAAAAGAAUAUGCAUUAGCAAUCGAAGCAGCUAAAAAGGCAAAAAGUCUAAAAACUUGGAAAGAAGUCAAUUUUAUUUGUGUAAAAUAUAAACAAUUAAAAUAUGCACAUACAGCUGGAUUACAAUUAAUUAUGCAUGCAGAUCAUUUAGAUGAAAUUAUUAAAAUAUAUGAAAAAAAAAAAUAUAUCAACGAAUUAAUGAAUCUAUUAGAAAACGGUUUAAAUAAUGAAAGAGCACAUGUUGGUAUAUAUACCGAAUUAGGUAUUCUAUAUGCAAAAUAUAAACCAGAAAAAUUAAUGGAAUUUAUAAGAAAUUAUACAAAUAAAAUGAAUACAAGAAAAUUAAUUGAUGUAUGUGAAAAUGAAUAUUUAUUAAAAGAAGCAGUAUAUUUAUAUAUAUCUUAUGAUGAAUAUAAUUUAGCUGUAGAUACUAUUAUUAAGCACUCACCAACAGCAUAUACUGCCGAUACAUUUAUGCAAGUUAUACAUAAAGUAACUAAUAGUGAUAUUAUACAUAAAGUUAUUGAUUUUUAUAUAGAAGAGCAUCCAUUGAAUUUAUAUAAUUUAUUAAAAAUUUUAGAAAAUAAAAUUGAUAAUAAUAGGUUAGUACAAACCUUAAAAAAAUCAAACAAUUUACCUUUGAUACAAAAAUAUUUAGAAGAUAUACAAGCACAAAACAUUACAGCAGUUAAUGAAACAUUGAAUGAAAUAUAUUUACAAAAUGAUGAUUAUAUUAGUUUAAGAAAUUCUAUAGAUGAAUAUGAUAAUUUUAAUCAAACCAAUUUAUUGAAUAAAUUAGAAAAUCAUAAACUUCCAGAAAUGAGAAGAAUCGCUGCAUUGUUAUACAAAAAGAAUAAGAAAUAUAAAGAAGCUAUCAACUUAUCCAAAAAAGAAAAACAAUAUAAAGAUGCUAUCGAAAUUGCAAGAGUUUCAAAAAAUAAUGUAUAUAUUGAAGACUUAAUAAAUUAUUUUAUUGAAUCCAAAAAUAAAGAAGCUUUCUGUGCAUGCCUAAUAGUAUGUUAUGAUCUUUUAAAACCAGAUUAUAUAUUAGAAAUUGUAUGGACUAGUGGAUUUAAAGAUCAAGCCAUGUUAUAUUUUAUUCAAAUUAUUAGUGAUUAUACAAAUCAAAUAGAAAAUAUGAAGAAACAAAUUGAAGAUAUGGAAAAAGAAAAAAAAAUGAAUAAAUCAGCUCCUAAUGAUUAUUCUGCUAUGAAUAAUCAAUUUAAUUAUUCAUUAAACAAUAACCUUUCCAUUAUGCCUCCACAAAAUAAUUUCAUGUCAAGUAAUUCUUUUGACAAAUAUGACAUGUUUAACAAUAAUACCCAUUUUUAA